GAAUGCGGGGCGGCAUGGCGGACGGGCCGGGGGUUUCGGGCACGCCGAGCCGACACGAGAAGAGCCUGGGGCUCCUCACCGCCAAGUUCGUGUCGCUGCUGCAGGAGGCCAAGGACGGCGUGCUCGACCUGAAAGUGGCUGCAGACACGUUGGCUGUGCGGCAGAAGAGACGGAUAUACGACAUUACCAAUGUGCUGGAGGGAAUCGGCCUCAUUGAGAAGAAGUCCAAAAACAGCAUCCAGUGGAAGGGACUGGGUCCAGGCUGCAACACGCGCGAGGUGUCGGAGCGCCUCGUGUGCCUCAAGGCCGAGAUGCUGGAGCUGGAACGCCGCGAGCAGGAACUGGAGACGCAGCGGUCGUGGGUCCAGCAGAGCAUCCGCAACGUCACCGAGGAUGCCGGCAACGCCGCGCUGGCGUACCUGCCCUACGAGGACCUGUGCCGCUGCUUCCGUGCGGACACACUGCUCGUCAUCAAGGCCCCGGUGGGAACGGAGCUUGAGGUGCCCUUCCCGGACAAUGUCUCCGGAGGCCAAUCCAAGUUCCAGAUCCACCUGCGCAGCCAGUCGGGCCCCAUCAACGUCCUGCUGGUGAACAAGGACAGCGGCGGCAGCUCCUCGCCCGUCGUGGUCCCCGUGCCGCCUCCGCCUUGCUCCCCGCCGGCGGGGGAGGCACCGGCACGCGCCGCCACUCCGACCACCGACGGCGCGUUCGCGGCGGCCCUGCAGGCACGCUGCGCCGCCACGAGCCACGCGGAAGAUGCCGCGCUGUCCAUCGCGACGAGCGCUGUCCCGUCCGGUGCGACGAACGCCGGCGACGACGGCGGCGGCGUCGACGACGCAAGGCCACGGCUGCCGACAACGCCGACUGCGCCGUCUGCCGGGGAGGCGGACGAGGGCGGCGGCAAAGGCGGAAAGAACGGCAGGGAGGGGAAGGAGGAGGAGAAAGAGAGAGGAGGGCGGAGGAAGAGCGGCUCGGAGUGGCGGCGUGGGAGCCCGGGGCGGAGGGAAGGGCUGCGCUCGGGGGACCGGGGCCCAGCGGGGGCCGUAGCCGCGGCGGCAGAGCCGAGCGGAUGCGCCGCCGCCAAACUGGACCUGGGCUCAGACGGCGGGGUGCCAGGCGCGAGCUCUAUGCCGGUGGCAGUGCCACAGGCGGCGGGGGGCCCUCUCGACGCACCCCCACCUCACACAUUCCAGCCCAUUAAACCAGAGGGCUCCCAAGGGUUCGAGGACAUGUUUGAGUUUGCGAAAGACGUCGUGGACUCGGAGCUACUGAAGGAGCUGAUGUCUGUAGACACCUUCUCCCCACUGCUGCGGCUCUCCCCGCCGCCUGGCGACCAGGACUAUUACUUCAACCUGGACGAGAGCGAAGGCCUGUGCGACCUCUUCGACAUCCCGCUGCUCGACCUGUGAGGUCGUCCCCCGCUCGCCCGCUCGCUCGCUCGCUCGCUCGUCUGCCACUUGUCCUCUCACCUCCUGAUCACGGGGCCCUCUGCCCACAUUCAUUCCCAACCAUCGGCUCGCCCUCACGUUGGCGCGGGUGACGAUUCGUCAUCGGCACGGGUGACGAUAGCCAUUCGACGUGUUGUCGUGAUUCGGUGGGGUGGGGGGCCGCGAUUGGAUUGAAGAAUCGAUAAUUUUUUAGUCUUUGUACCGUCUCGCCUCAUUUGUUAUUGUCUCCCUCAAUGUCUCCCGUCAACCUCAUUUUUAUUGUCUGUCACUUGUAUUGCACCCGUCACUUCUGCCAUCUCGUUUGUACUGUGUCUGAAUGUACGAUCUGCUCACUUUCAACUCGACGCCCCCGCGUGGCGUGAGUGUACAACAGAGACGACUCCGAUCAUGGAAGCGAUCACCUUGUUACGCGCCUACCCUCGCAUUCACCCACCCCCUCCACCCACAACAACCCCCCCCCCUCCACACUACACCCGAGUCGGAGCAAGCCUAAAACUCCCUUCUCUUGAGCUGCACUGCCCGUAACGAGCUGCGGCCCAAGGCCUGGCCACAGCCGCUUAAUUUUAAGCACUUAACUGUUUUUAGACCUUCACCUAAUGAUUUCAUAGCAAUGACGAGUGGUUCUUUUUAGUUUAACGAGAUGGUGCCAGAUGCCUCUCCGACCCGUUGGAAUGUUCAGUGUCCUGCCCAUGUGUCUUUUGUUCUCUGUCCUGCCUUUUGGUACAUUCACUGUCCUGGCCAUGGCCUGUAUGUUCACUGUCCUGCCCAUGCGUGUGUGUGUGUGUGUUCACUCUCCUGCCCGCUUGUAUAUUCACUGCCCUGCCCGUGUGUGUGUGUGCUCACCGUCUUUCCCUUGUUGGCAGAGUAGGGGGCACACGUGAUGCAUCUGCUAUUCAUCUGAGUCAGUCAACUCAUGACACCUAGGUGUGUCCCAUGACCUUCCGCCAGGCAGCCCCAAAUGUCACCUAGCCUGGCACAGGCACCGUGGUGAUGUCACCACUACUUGGUGGUGAAUGGCAGUUGCCCAUGUGUGUAUAUUCAAGCCUGCCCGGGUGUGUGUGUUUACUGUUCUGCCCAUGCGUGUAUAUUCACUCUUCUGCCCAUGUGUGUAUAUUCAGGCCUGCCCGUGUGUGUAUAUUCAGGCCUGCCCGUGUGUGUUGACUGUCCCUCUCGCAUUGUUUUAUACCAGACUCUCGUAAUUAGCUCGGGACCGCACCCCGCGUAGACGGUCCCAUUUUGUAUAUUAAUACGGUAACAGUAAAGGCAUAUUUUUCUACUUUAAAAUAAGCAGCGCGCGUAUGUGUGUCUGUGUUGUGUGUUUAUAACAAAUGGCGAGGGCCGCAGUGUCCCUGUGUGUGUGUGCGUGUGUUGUCACUGCUGCGGUUUUAUCAUUGUAAUCGGAGCGUCGCUUUGGCCGUGUGCCCCACCGCACGGUGGUGAGGGGACGGUGGGGGGGGGCAGCUUUUUGGCCGUGGGAGAUGAGAACCCUGCAGGACGGUCACGAAGCUGCUCCGAGUCUUCUUCUCGUAAAAGAAGAGGCCUUGCGGCGAAGCACGGGACGUGGCUCCGGACACUUAUUGGGAAGAGCGAGGCCGUCGCUGCUCGUGCCACACCCUGAUGACCGCCACGUGUGGCGCUGACCGACCAACCACCGCCCCUGCCGCUGCCUUUAGAUUUCACAGAGCAAGGAAUGUACUGACCCUGGCCACACGGGGGUGCCAAGGUUGGCUCGUGAGACUUGUCGAGUGGCCUACGGCACUGGCCAGACCUGCCGCUGUCACCCGCCCGCUCUUGUGUGGGCCGGCGAGGAUCAGGUGGUGGAUGACCAAUUGGCGGUGCCACUUUUUUUUUUAAGUGGUCGGAGGCUGCCACUGUUAUGGGGGCGUGGGGGGGGAGCUAAGGUUACGGCAUUUAUUUCCCCAGGGGUAUUAAAAGCCAGUUUUUUUGUGAGGCGUCGUAGCCGAGUGGCACGGAUCACUGUAGCAAAGGAUGCAAAUUCGAAUGCCCAAAUUGUGCAGCAUUGCUCCUUAAAGUUACAACAACUUCAAAUGUUGUAAUUGAUACUCGCUAAUGUUUAUCGAGUAAUAAUUAUAGCAAACAAAAAUAUUUUAAUUUAAAAAAUCCAACGUUGUGACGGGAAUUGCAUGUUCUUCCCUGCGGCGAGUGCUGCCCUCAGGUGGUUACCGCCUCUCCGAGAAAUGCUAGGUUCAACACCAGUUUGGGAUGCUCCGGUGUGGAGUGUAAAAGUCAUCUCGAGUACGUAUAUUGCAUUCUCGGUGCAACGUAGGUAUUGCGUUAAUACGUUUUAUUUUGACUGCUGCGCAGGCCGCUCACUUACCCCGUGAGCAUUUGCAUUUUUAGUGGGGAGGGUUCAAGUCUGUUGGUUACCAAUUGCAAAGGGGGGGGGGGGGGGCAUCGUUCCCCCUGCCCCCCAGCUCUUGCAAUUGAGCUUCUCCCUGAUCUCUACAGAGUUCUUACCUGGUUAAAGGAAAUUUACUUAACUAGUGGCACUGCCUAUGGGUGGACCAUCGCACCUGGUCACAUUGAAGACGGUAGCGGCGAUUAGGGGGUGUAACGAUACCUUGAACCAUCGAUUCUCUAAGCUCGCGACGCAUUUUAUUAUGAUCACGGUCGUUUACUCAGGAAAGCAUCGCCGAGUCCCAAAACUCCUAAUCUGGAGGCUCCUCCCAAGAUGUUUCGCAUUUGCGGCCGACGAUUGAUAUUUAUAUUGUAAACCUUAAUUUUAAUUUUCAAACGUGUGAUAUUUUUUUUUAAAUGUCCCACUGUCGGCGAAGCAGAGCCGGCGGUAGUAUAUAUUUUUAUUGUGGUUCAUGCUGCAUUAUUAAUCGGGGCGGCCUCUGGAUUCGAACCGUGUGAACCUCAGAAACAAGUGACGGAAUGUCCUGCCGCUCGGCCAAGUGAAUCUAAUCGCCUAAGAAUCGAUGUUUUCAGCUUCGUACGUGCUGUGUGCGCUUUGAAUUGAACCUUAUUGCGGGACCCCGAGGUCCCAUAAGCCCCCGGCUCUCACAUAAACUGCGUUGCGACGUCAUUUUAUGUCUGUUGAAGGCGAACGAUACGGCAAUCUAUUCCUCUCGACGAGCUCUACACGAUGCGCUAAUCAACGUUUCAAAGUUUUGUUUCUUCUGCGCAUUCGUCCUAGCUGCGCUUGGACGACAUGGCAAUAAAGUUAUUGCGAUUUUGAGUUCCGUUUAUUCAGGACCCUGGGGUCCCGCCAUAAGGUUCAAUUGCCGUUUUGAUGAAUCGUUACAUCCCCACUCUCCCAGUAAUCAUGGUGGGGAGGUGGAGGCAAUGUGGAGAGAGCUUUCACGGCAGAGGAUCCAACUGAUGCUGGAAGGUGCCAUGGAACACACCUGGCGAGCGCGCGCGCACACGCAUGUCGUGUGUAGUGUAAUGUCAUGUGUGGUGUAAUCAUGUCGUGUGCGGUCACCACAGUCGUAAGUUUAUCCAGAGUCGGGCACGAAGAGAUGAUGAAGAUGUAGCCCGGUCUGGAGCCCCUGACGAUGACCUUAUUGGUGCAUGGCUUCACCAUCAGCCGACAGACCAAGGCGUGUCAUGUCUGUGGAUGCUAUAUUGUACACAAUGUAUGUGUGGCUCAAGGGGGUUUGUUUGUAAAGUCAGUAAUAAAGCUUACUUUGAUUAAUUUUGCCUGCAGUCUGUUCGUUAGUGGGCACGUGA